GGGGCCUGCGGGCCCGGAAGACGGCGCCGGCUGUUGCCGCGGUCACGUGAGCGGAAAAUGGCGGCCGCGGCGGGCGGCGGCUCCGCGGUGUCGGUGCUGGCCCCGAACGGGCGGCGCCACACGGUGAAGGUGACGCCAAGCACCGUGCUGCUGCAGGUCCUGGAGGAUGCAUGCCGAAGGCAGGACUUCAAUCCCAAUGAGUACGACCUCAAGUUUCAGAGGAACGUGCUGGACCUCUCUCUGCAAUGGCGAUUUGCCAACCUCCCCAACAAUGCCAAGCUGGAGAUGGUACCGGUCUCACGGAGCCGCGAGGGCCCAGAGAACACGGUCCGCAUCGCCGUGCAGCUGGAGGAUGGCUCGAGGCUCCAGGGGACCUUCUGCUUGGGCCAGACUCUCUGGGAGCUCCUGUGCCACUUUCCACACACCAGGGAGUGCCUGCAGCGACCAGGCGAGGCAAUUCCGGUCUGUGUUUCCAUGAGGGAUGAGGUGACUGGCGCGGCCGCCCUGCGCAGUACCACACUGCAGUCGCUGGGCCUCUCGGGGGGUAGUGCCAUUGUCAGGUUUGUCAUGAAGCGGUGUGACACUGAGGGCAGGCCACAGCCCGGGGCCACAAGGAGCAGGACCCCAGGAAGUCCAGUGGACCACGAAGCCAGCGGUCCCCUCCCUCCCUUGAACUCUGGGGAGCUGAUCCAGGGAGACCUGAGCCGUCAGGGGGACACAGGAGCCGCAGGGGCCGGCCACACACAUGGCCCGAAGCUGGCGGACGCUCAGGCCAAGCAGGGUCCCAAGGAGGCCAGCCCUGGCGCCUUUGUGCCUUUCUCUGGCGGGGGGCAGCGGCUGGGGGGCCCUUCCUGUUCCGGAAGGCCUCUGACAUCACCUUCAGCCAAGCUGCCCAAGGCCGCCUCCAGUCCUGGGGGCCCCUCCAAGCCCAAGAAGUCCAGGCCGGGUGAAGAGCCGCAGCCAGAGCCGCCUGUGGACCGGGCUGCCCUGGUGUACCACCCAGACCUGGAGGAACUGCUGCAGGCCUGGCCCACCGAGCUGCCCGACGAGUUCUUUGAGGUGACGGUGGAUGAUGUCCGGAGGCGCCUGGCACAGCUCAAGAGCGAGCGGAAGCGCCUGGAAGAAGCCCCCUUGGUGACCAAGGCCUACAGGGAGGCCCGGAUGAAGGAGAAGUUGGAGCGCUACCCCAAGGUGGCCGUGAGGGUCCUGUUCCCUGACCGCUACAUCCUGCAGGGUUUCUUCCGCCCCAGUGAGACAGUUGGGGAUUUGCAGGAGUUUGUGAGGCACCACCUAGGGAACCCCGAGCUGCCGUUCCACCUGUUUAUUGCUCCUCCGAAGACGGUCCUGGACGACCACACACUCACUCUGUUCCAGGCAAACCUCUUCCCCGCUGCCCUUGUGCACUUUGGAGCGCAAGAGCCAACAGCUGUCUACCUGGAGCCCAGGCUGCUGGAGCAGAGUGUGCCUCCGUCUGCAGCCGACACACUGGUGGCCAGGUGCAUGUCCAGGCCCGCCGGGUCCCCACCCCCACCGGCAGGUCUUCCAGCCGCUGACGAGGGGGCCCCAGAGCCCCCUGAGCCCGCCGCAGGGAUGGCCCAGCCUGUGAGGAGCCUGGACAAGGUGCCCAAGUGGCUGAAGUUGCCAGCCGGCAAGAGGUGAGAGCGCCCAGCCGCAGGAGCCAGCCCUGGGCCCCAGGACCCCACCCCACCCGAGCAGGAAUAAAGCCACGUUUCUCUGC